AGUAUACUGGUGUCCAAUAUCAAACCUGAAUUGGCAGAGGAUAAGGCGUUUGAUGAGGAGUUGAAGUCGCUGGCGACCUACUCGGCGCCGCAGGCAACCAAGGAGAGCGGCACAUACAACAUCGACCCAAGCACCUGGGAGGAGUACUCGCCCUUCUUUUACCAUUUUGAUACAAAGGACCGUCAAUCCGCAGAGAAAGCACGAGCUUUGCGCAACGAGAAACUUAAAGCCAAUGGGCUGCAGCGCACCUCCCACCGCCCAACCAAGACACCCCCCGCCUUCACCCAGGCCUUUGCCCCCGUCACACUACUACUAGACUCGCCUGUGCUACACACGGUGUUGUUGGAUGUUUUUGUGCGGACGAUACAGCUGCAUCAGAGAGCGGUGCUACAAGAGGAGGAGGAUGAGGCUCGCGAACGUUCGAAGAAGUCAGCCACAGACGGCCACACUCCCACAGACCCCACAACGCUCGCAAAAGCCGUAGUAAACGAGGCGAAGAUAAAGCAGGAACACAGGGAUAAGUAUAAGGAUAAGCAUGAGGAUGAUGAAAUGCAGCAGAAGCACGAGAUUAGUAUCAGAGAGCCCUCGCGACUGCAAUAUACGCUGACACAUGGUGUGCUGUUUGCGGCGUUGCAUUUGGUGGAAGUGGGUCUGGUGACGGACGAGAAGGAGGCGACAAUGCGUGCUAAUGAGGGAAAGGCAUCCUCCUUUUCCCAGGCGUUUGGUGGCUUUGCAGAAGAAGGCGCGUGGAUUCAGAAGGCGCUGGGAACCAACAAUGAGUUCAUGCGUCUGUGCACCGAGCUGGGCGUGGGCAGCGACGCAGAGGAGGAGGAAGAAGACGACACAGGCACACGCGACACGCACGAGGAACCACCACCACCACCCACACCUCAACACACACACGCACACGCACGGGAAGGGUCUGAGGCCGCUCCGCUUGACACCCGCGAUAAGGGGAAGAGGAAGUGGACACAGGACACGCCUGCGGGUGGGGUUACAGCGGAGCACCCCACCGCAGCACACAGUCAGCCGCAGCAGGAGUCACCGGAGGAUGUGUGGGAGAGCGCCAGCGACGGUGCGAGUGAGUUCAGUGCAAGCCAUGGCACCCCCGACAAAGGCACUAGUACUAGUACUAGGGCUAUGGCAAGUACGAGUGCAGGCGCCGAUUCCCAUACCCCGCACAAAGAACGUACACACGCGCGAGCACGCACACCGCGGCACACGCGCAAGAGUACACACGCCCACGCCCACGCUCAAUCACACACAUCCACACCCACACACCGUACCGGCAGCGGCAGUGAUACCCGGGGGAAGCACAACACACGCGCGCAUAUGGUCGCGUGCGUGCUGAUUAGCCUAUCACAGUCACGUAUGGUGGCCAAGGACGAGGAUCUGAGGCUGUUGGUGGAGUGGAUUAUGCGGACGAUGGAAGCAACCUCCACCCCACCCGUGAGAGAGGCGCUGUGUGCGUACAGAGAAGACCGCGUGCUCAACACGAAGGUGUUGCGUGCGCGUGCAAAGGCCGAGAAACGGGCUCAACUGGCCACGGGUUCGGAGGGCGCUGACGAGGAUGGGG